AUGCAUAGCCACAAAGGUUUCACUGAUCUCAUUUGGAAGCACCUGUGUCCAGCUCUUGUAGUGAUCUUGGGAAAUCCAAUUCAUGAUAAAACUAUCACCUCUGCUCACAGCAACAGCAUCAGCAUUGAGUCUGACUCUUCUUCCUCCGGGGUUUCUGAUCAUGGCCGAGGAUCUGGGUGUUCUUCCACAGCACCUGCUCUCAGUGGGCCUGUGGCCCGCACAAUUUACUACAUUGCAGCUGAGCUCAUCCGUUUGGUGGGGUCAGUGGAAUCCAUGAAGCCAGUGCUGCAGUCCCUUUAUCAUCGAGUAUUGCUCUAUCCUCCACCCCAACACCGUGUGGAAGCCAUCAAAAUCAUGAAAGAGAUACUUGGUAGCCCCCAGAGGCUCUGUGACCUGGCAGGGCCAUGCUCCACUGAAGCCGAAGUCAGGAAAAGAUCAGUCUCAAAAAGAAAAUCACAUCUAGAUCUUCUCAAACUCAUUAUGGAUGGAAUGACAGAAGCUUGUAUAAAAGGUGGCAUUGAAGCCUGCUUUGCCUCCGUAUCGUGUGUGUGCACUCUACUUGGAGCAUUAGAUGAACUUAGCCAGGGCAAAGGUUUGAGUGAGGAACAGGUGCAGUUGCUUCUCCGGCGCAUUGAUGAGUUGAAAGAUGGGGCUGAAUCGAGCCGCGAAUCUAUGGAGAUCAAUGAAGCUGACUUUCGGUGGCAAAGGCGAGUCCUGUCCUCAGAACACACCCCAUGGGAAUCAGGAAAUGAGAAGAGCCCCGACAUUAGCAUUAGUGUUACCACGGAUACAGGUCAGACCACUUUGGAGGGUGAAAUGGGGCAGACCACGCCUGAGGAGAACCCCGAAAAUCAAAAGAGUUGUUUAAAGUCGCCAGCCGUACAAGAGAGUAAGGAAAUUCUAAGGAGAGAGCGAGAAUCAGAAGCGAUAGACCAACCAGAUGUUGUUCAGAGAAGCCACACUGUUGUUUACCCUGACAUAACUAAUUUCCUGUCCGUUGAUUGCAGGACGAGGUCAUACGGAUCCAGAUAUAGUGAGAGUAAUUUCAGUGUAGAUGAGCAAGACCUUUCUAGGACUGAAUUUGAUUCCUGUGAUCAGUACUCCAUGGCAGCAGAAAAGGAUUCUGGGAGGUCUGAUGUGUCCGACAUUGGGUCUGAUAAUUGUUCUCUAGCUGAUGAAGAGCAGACCCCGAGGGAUUGCCUGGGCCACAGAUCUUUGAGGACUGCUGCUCUCUCGUUAAAACUGCUGAAGAGCCAGGAGGCGGAUCAGCACAGUGCCAGGUUGUUUGUGCAAAGCCUGGAAAACCUCCUUCCUCGGCUCCUUGCCCUCCCCACUGUGGAAGAAGUGGACUCUGCCCUUCAGAACUUCUCUUCAACCUUCUGUUCAGGUAUGAUUCACUCUCCUGGAUUUGACAACACCAACAGCCUCAGCUUUCAAAUCCUGAUGAAUGCGGACAGUCUCUACAUGGUCUCACACUACACUCUCCUGCUCAACCUGAAGCUCUCUAAUGGUGAUUACUACAGAAAGAAGCCAACACUCGCACCUGUCAUGUUGAAAGAGUUUAUGAAGCAGGUCCAAACCAGUGGGGUGCUCAUGGUUUUCUCUCAAGCUUGGAUUGAAGAACUUUACCAUCAGGUGCUUGAUAGGAACAUGCUUGGUGAAGCAGGUUAUUGGGGAAGUCCUGAAGAGCACAGUCUGCCCCUCAUCACUAUGCUAACUGAUAUUGAUGGCUUGGAGAGCAGUGCUAUAGGUGGCCAACUGAUGGCAUCAGCUUCUACAGAGUCUCCUCUCACCCAGAACCAGAGAACAGAUGAUUCCAUAGUGGCAGGUGUUGCUUUUGCCCGUUAUAUUUUGAUUGGCUGCUGGAAGAAUUUGAUUGAUACUUUAUCUACACCCUUAACUGGUCGCAUGGCUGGAAGCUCCAAAGGACUGGCAUUCAUUCUGGGUGCUGAGGGAAUCAAAGAACAGAACCAGAAAGAACGAGAUUCCAUCUGCAUGAGUCUUGAUGGACUGAGGAAAGCAGCUCGACUGAGCUGUGCUUUAGGAGUGGCUGCUAAUUGUGCAUCAGCACUUGCUCAGAUGGCUGCUGCAUCUUGUGUACAGGAAGAGAAAGAGGAAAGGGAAGUUCAAGAACCCAGUGAUGCUAUAACCCAAGUGAAACAAAAAGUGGAACAGAAACUGGAGCAGAUUGGGAAGGUUCAGGGAGUAUGGCUGCAUACAGCCCAUGUUUUGUGCAUGGAUGCCAUCCUCAAUGUGGGCCUGGAAAUGGGAAGCCAUAAUCAGGAUUGUUGGCCACAUGUGUUCAGAGUAUGUGAAUACGUUGCAACAUUGGAGCACAACCAUUUCAGUGAUGGCACAACUCAGGCAGCUCUGCCCAUCAGUCAGCCCCAGAAGAUUUCUGGAGGGACAGGGGUUCUGGCAGAUUAUGAAUCAGAACAUUUUCCCCAAGACUCACACCUCCAGCCCGACAACUCUCUGCACAGCACACCCAUCAUUCAGCAGCUAUCCAUUCAGGAGCUCAUUAAGGAGGGCCGGAAGGGCCGAACCUUUGAUUUUCGUUGUGGUAGCCUUUUGAGUGGGAGCAGUGCUGCCAAGGCUGUCCUCACCCUUUCCACCCAAGCUGAUAGGCUCUUUGAAGAUGCUGCGGACAAGCUGAAUUUAAUGGCAUUGGCAGGCUUCCUCUACCAGUUAAAAAAAGCAUCUCAAUCCCAGCUUUUCCACUCUGUUACAGACACUGUCGAUUACUCUUUAGCAAUGCCAGGAGAAGUUAAAUCCACUCAAGAUAGGAGAAGUGCUCUCCACUUGUUCCGUCUCGGAGAUUCAAUGCUCAGAAUAGUCCGGAGUAAAUCUCGGCCACUUCUUCAUUUCAUGCGUUGUUGGAGCCUUGUUGCUCCUCAUCUGGUAGAGGCUGCCUGCCAUAAAGAAAGGCAUGUUUCUCAGAAAGCAGUCUCCUUCAUCCAUGACAUCCUUACAGAGGUUCUGACAGAUUGGAGCGAGCCUCCUCAUUUUCAUUUCAAUGAAGCACUGUUCCGUCCCUUUGAACGCAUCAUGCAGCUGGAAUUAUGUGAUGAGGAUGUCCAGGACCAGGUAGUCACAUCAAUAGGAGAGUUGGUUGAAGUGUGUUCUACUCAGAUCCAGUCAGGAUGGAGGCCUUUAUUCAGUGCCCUGGAAACAGUGCACAGCAGUAAUAAAUCAGAAAUGAAGGAAUAUCUUAUAGGAGACUACUCCUUGGGAAAGGGUCAGGCCCCUGUGUUUGAUGUCUUUGAAGCCUUUCUGAACACGGACAACAUCCAGGUGUUUGCCAAUGCAGCCACCAGUUAUAUUAUGUGCCUUAUGAAGUUUGUGAAAGGAUUGGGAGAAGUAGAAUGUAAAGAGAUCGGGGAUUGUGUACCAGGGUCAACAUCAACAUCAACAGACUUGUGCCUUCCCGCUCUCGAUUACCUCAGGAAGUGUUCUCAGUUGCUUGCCAAAAUCUACAAGAUGCCCUUGAAACCAAUUUUUCUUGGUGGGAGACUUGCCAGUUUGCCUCGGAGAGUUCAAGAGAACUCAGCUAGUAGUGAGGAUGGGAUCGAAUCGAUACUUUCUGAUUUUGAUGAUGAUACUGGUCUUAUAGAAGUCUGGAUUAUCCUUUUAGAACAGCUGACAGCUGCUGUAUCCAAUUGUCCUCGCCAGCACCAACCUCCUACCCUGGAUUUACUCUUUGAACUCUUGAGAGAUGUUACCAAAGUACCUGGACCAGGGUUUGGAAUAUAUGCAGUUGUACAUCUCCUCCUUCCUGUGAUGUCCUUGUGGCUCCGCCGUAGCCAUAAAGAUCAUGCUUACUGGGAUGUUGCCUCAGCUAAUUUCAAGCAUGCCAUUGGUUUGUCCUGUGAACUGGUGGUGGAACAUAUCCAGAGCUUUAUACACUCAGAUAUUAGGUACGAAAAUAUGAUCAACACAAUGCUAAAAGAUCUUUUCGAGUUAUUGGUAGCAUGUGUGGCUAAGCCGACAGAAACUAUCUCCAGAGUUGGCUGCUCUUGUAUUCGGUAUGUCCUUGUAACUGCAGGGCCGGUUUUCACUGAAGAAAUGUGGAGGCUUGCAUGUUGUGCAUUACAGGAUGCAUUCUCUGCCACACUAAAACCAGUGAAGGAUCUAUUGGGCUGUUUCCACAGUGGCAAUGAAAGUUUCAGUAGUGAUGGCUGCCAGGUAAGAGUGGCAGCCCCUUCUUCUUCCCCUAGUGCUGAGGCAGAAUACUGGCGGAUCCGAGCCAUGGCACAACAAGUAUUCAUGUUAGAUACUCAGUGCUCACCAAAGACUCCAAAUAACUUUGAUCAUGCUCAGUCCUGUCAGCUGAUCAUCGAACUGCCUCCUGAUGAAAAGCCAAAUGGACAUACCAAGAAAAGUGUCUCUUUCAGGGAAAUUGUGGUGAGUUUAUUGUCUCAUCAAGUGCUGCUCCAGAACUUAUAUGACAUCUUGUUAGAAGAGUUUGUCAAAGGCCCCUCCCAACAAGGAGAAGAGAAGACAGUUCAAGUGCCAGAAAACAAGUUAGCUGGUUUCCUCAGGUAUAUCUCCAUGCAGAACUUGGCUGUCAUCUUUGACUUGCUGUUAGACUCCUAUAGAACAGCCAGAGAGUUUGACACCAGCCCAGGGUUGAAAUGUCUACUGAAGAAAGUGUCAGGCAUUGGAGGGGCAGCCAAUCUGUACCGCCAGUCUGCAAUGAGCUUUAACAUCUAUUUUCAUGCCCUAGUCUGUGCUGUCUUGACCAACCAGGAGAGUAUCACUGCUGAGCAGGUUAAGAAAGUCCUUUUUGAAGAUGAUGAAAGAAGUACAGAUUCUUCCCAGCAGUGUUCAUCAGAAGAUGAAGAUAUUUUUGAGGAAACAGCCCAAGUCAGCCCUCCACGAGGGAAGGAGAAGAGACAGUGGCGGGCUAGGAUACCUUCUUUGAGUGUCCAGCCUGUCAGCAAUGCAGACUGGGUAUGGUUAGUGAAAAGACUUCAUAAACUUUGCAUGGAACUGUGCAAUAAUUACAUCCAGAUGCACUUAGAUCUAGAGAAUAAUGUGGAGGAACCUCCUACCUUCAAGAAUGAUCCUUUCUUCAUUCUCCCCUCUUUCCAAUCUGAAUCCUCUACUCCAUCCACAGGAGGGUUUUCAGGGAAGGAUACACCAUCUGAGGAUGACCGAAGUCAGUUAAGAGACCAUGUGGCCGAUGGCAUGCCCCCAAAGGGAAACAUUGGAGAUAUGUCAGAGCUACCUCCCAGCCCCAAAGGGGAGAGAAAAGAUCAAAGCAGGAAGAAAGAGUGGUGGGAGAGUGCAGGAAACAAGAUCUAUACCAUGGCCACCGACAAAACUAUUUCAAAACUGAUGACUGAGUACAAGAAAAGGAAGCAACAGCAACAUAACCUAGUUCCAUUUGCCAAAGACAUCAAGGUGGAGAAAAAAGGAGAGCAAUUGGGAUCCAGGGGACCAGAUUCACCUCUCCUCCAGCGUCCACAACAUCUGAUAGAUCAGGGCCAAAUGAGGCAUUCCUUCAGUGCUGGUCCAGAGAUUCUGAGGCAAGAGAAGAGGCCCCGCUCUGGCUCGACAGUGAGCACUCUGAGUAUAUCUGUGAGAGAUGCCGAAGCCCAGAUCCAGGCAUGGACCAACAUGGUGCUAACAGUUCUCAAUCAGAUUCAGAUCUUGCCAGAUCAGACGUUUAUUGCCCUCCAGCCAGCAGUAUUCCCUUGUAUCAGCCAACUGACUUGUCAUGUGACUGAUAAUCGUGUUCGCCAAGCUGUAAGGGAAUGGCUCGGAAGAGUGGGCCGAGUCUAUGACAUUAUCAUAUAGAAGAAACACAUUCCAUAAGUUAGGAGAAGAAAAUAAUGAGGGUUAAAGGUAUGCCAAAAAUCUGGUUGACAGCAGUGUCCCAACUCCCCCUUUAUCACUUAGGAGAAGGAGCCUGUACAUUUGGAGACAGUAACCCAACAAGAAAAGAAGUCUUUCAGGAUACCCAACCUUUAGCCAGCCACAUGUCUGGUCUAAUGUUCCACCAUGUGAGAUGCAUUGAUCUCACUCGUUGCUUUAGGAAUUUCUGUAUCACUAAAGUACAUCUUUCUAUACGUUGAACAUUAUUAUCCAUUGCUUCAGCGUGUGAUUGUUGAGGAAAGUCAUAUCUAAGGGAUGCCCUUUUGAAAGCACUUUGUCAGCUCAAUGGGAAUAUAUACUAUGGGACCAUUGCAAUGGAUACCACUCCUUUCCAAAAAAAGAAAAAGCCUAUUAGUAAGUCAGGUUGGUGUCAAAUGCUCAGAAAAUUAGUAGCAGGUGAUGUUCAUGGUAGGAAGGGCUAGACCACCACGUCAAUCAGAUGGGGAGAGAAGCUGAUACAUGGAUGUUGUUAAAAGAAAGACAACUUUUGCCAAAUAUGCUUAAAAGAUUAUCAAUAUGCUUAUUAGAAAAUCCUCUGUAAAUCAAACUUUAUUAGCAUUUGUACCAUCUUAACUAAGGAGAAUAAGUUCAAGUUUUUAUAUAUCCCAUUUUAUUUAAAGAUCCAUUCCUGAAAGAGUUUGAGAUGUCAGCAGCCCUGGCUCUAUACUCACAAUAUCCAAUGAUUUAUUGGAGUAGUAUUAUUAGAAGACCUAGGAGUUGUCAUAUGGUUAGGAAUGAUUUGCUUGACUUAAUUUCAUAACUGAUGUUUUGAGAACAUGCUGGAAAACAGUUUGAAUCAAUGAUUCUCAACUACCCAGUUUUCCAUUUGUCUGAAUAGAAGGUAAGGAGCUAGGAAAAAAAAAUUUUUUUAAAUACAUCUCACCUUACAUUUAAAGGCAUGAGGCAUAGAUAAGGAAAAUUGUGAUCCUUCGCUGCUGGGAUGAAAAGAUUCUUGGAAGUUGUUUCAAAUCCUUCAUAAAAUGAUACCUCAGGGCCGAAAUGAGUACAAGAACUGGAAAGUGUGAUUUAAUUAGUUUUAAAUCUUCUUUUAAAAACCUUUUUUUUUUUUUAUUCAAAAUGUCUUAUUCUGGCCUUUUCUUUUUGAGAAGAGCCCUAAAAGGCUCUAAAAUUAAACACAAGUAGUUAAAAAAGAUGAAGUUGUUGAGUAACACUGAACCUGGAAAAACUAAGGGAUGAGGGGAUCAUUUUUCAUCACAAAGGUCAAAAAUUGAAUGUUUAAUGUAGUUGAGUUCAUUUGUGAGUUAGACAUGUCUCUUUAGAAAGUAGAGAAAUUUUGUAUUCAAGAUCAUUAUAUACAUCAACCAACCCAGUAAAUAAGACAAAGGUAGUUAAACCAUAGGUUAUACUCAUCUUCAUCUAGAUGCUACAAGAGAAGAAAUUUAGGACAUAGCUAUUAAUAAUAGCAACAUAUUUUAGAUUUCACAAAACCAUAGGCCAUUCUUCUGAUAAAUUAAUUUAAUGAAGUUCUUGGAAAGUUUUUUCAGAAGAUAAGAUAAUUAUAGGCCAAAUGAUGAUUUUUACCCACUGAUUCCCAACUUCUUAUAUUUCAAAUUGAGUGUCAUAUCAUUCUUGAAACUAAAACACAAACUAUUUGCCAAGGGAUAAUAAGGAUUUCCUAUUGGGUUUUAUCCAGUCUUGAUAGCUAAAAUUCUCCAUUUGGGCAGACCAAUUAUUCUUCUUUUAAGGAGGGGUUUUAUGAUCUUGUAUGUUAUCUAGAAGGAUGAGGACUAGCUUUAAGUCCCAAAUUUAUUGAGUGGAUUUUUGAAGGAAUUUUUCUCUCCAAUAGUUAGGGGAAAACAAUACAAUUAUAGAUUAUUCUAUCUAGUAGCAUCCACAAGGAAGAAGGAAAUGUUUUUCAGUUGUACAAUCCUUGUUCCUCAUACUCAUUGUUAAUAUACUCACUAAUUUACAUCAUUUCACUAACCAAGAAUUAAUUAAUUUGGGAGAUUCUUUCCAGCUCUGACAUUCUGUGAAGUAGAUCACCAAAUCAGGUAGACCCUAACUCAGUUUGGCUUCUGAAGUUUUAUAAGCUCUGGAUUUCCUAAAUUUUGUAAAGUACAGUUGGUGGCUUUAUAAGUACUUUUUAAAAGAAAACUGAGUUAUCUAUAUUUUGUUUUAUAGCUUAGCUUCCUCCUUGGAAAACCCUCAAGUGUUCUACAAGUUGUGAAACACUGUAUAAACAACACACAUCAUUGGCAAGCAAAUGUAUUAUAUUGAAUUCUUUCUUGUAAUUGUAGAAGGAAAAGAAAAACUAUCUGUUUUUCUCAGCCAUUAGCCUGCUUCCUCAUACAGAGAGAAUGACUCAAGACAAUCUGGAUUAAGUAACUUACCCAGGGUGACAAAACGUAUAAGGUGUCUGAGACCAUAUUUGACUUCAAGUCUUCCUGACUCCAGGAACAGUGCUCGGUCAGCUGUACUAUCUAAGCGACCCCAGAAUGACUCUUAAUAAUCCAGACUGUAGCAGAGAUUUUCCUCAUUUAAAGAAAAAUCCAAACAAUUAAAGCAGCAUCACUGGUCCUAAACUGAAGUCCUCACCUAACAGAAAUUGGAAAAACUGUUUACAUUUCUGGAAGAGAGUUGGGCUGAUGAUCUGCAACUCUGCCUCAUUUAAAUCCUGUUCACACACAAGUCAAGGCAACAUCCUGUGAUAUUCAUCUUCAAAAUGAAGGGCGAACAACAACAACAAUCACAACAAAAUUUCUUGCAAAAAUACUUAAAAGAAGUCAGACCCUUAAAACCAAAUGGGAGUUUAGAAUAGAAACAAGAGUUUGUAAUGUCAUCGGUUGCAGAAUAAAGAAAGGCAAAUCUAUGUCAUCCCCAAUUUGUAAACAAUUUAUAAAAAUUCAUUCAUAAAUUAGUUUGAUACUAUUUCCCAUAGAAACAAUUAUAAAUUGUCAUUAGGUAGUCAGGUAGCUCACAGAAGAUUAACCUAUAAUUUUACUGAGUGCUAGACUUUGUAAAUGGAAUUAGUGGCAUCAUAAGUACUUUUUAAAAGAAGACUGAACUAUCUCUGCCUCCUUGUAAAACCCUGGAGUCUAGAAUACCUGUAUCUGAAUCUAGCCUCAGAUCCUUUCUAGGUGUGUGACCCUGAGAAAGUCACUUUCUGCCUCAAUAUCCCCAUCUGUAAAAUGGUGAUAAGAAUGGCACCUAACUUCCCAGAGAGAUUGUGGGGGUUAUAAUAUUAUAAAAUUCUUAUCAAAUCUUAAUGUAAAUCUUAGCUAUUCUAUAAUACUAAUGAGAUGCAAGAAAUCUUAGUAGUUGUUCAGUAGAAUCCAGUCUAAAACAUGUCCAAAAAGGAACUAUCUGUUUGAAGAAAACUCCUGAUGAGGAACAAAUCACUAAGCAAGGGAGCCUUAAUUCUUUUUUUCUGGCUUAAUUUAUUUGCUGUGGCCACAAAUCUCUCAAGAUAAAUUCAGAAUUUGAAACUAGCAGCUUCCCCUCUAUUUUUUUCCUCUUUUAAAAAAGUACCUCUUGAAUCAGACAGAACCCUAAAAUGCAGAGAAGGAGAGUUCUGAUUCUACGGCCUAAGCAACCUACCUUUCUUCUGUUAAUUAUUCUUCCUAAUUUUUUUUUGAAAGAAUGGAUAACAAGGAAAGGAAAGGUUGAUGGUAGAUAAUCUAAUCUUGUGAAUUAUACUUUUCUGGAAUUUUUGUUUGAUCAUGCAUACUUACUGACUACUUGCUACCUAACUACCUCCCUUCCCAAAUAAUUCUUAAAUCAUGUAUUCUUUUUUUUCUCCAACUCUCUUCUACAUAUGCAAAAUGAGAUCAUGUUUUUCAUAGUUUUAAACUUCUUGAUUUGUAAACAAUAAGAUUAAGAAAUAUUAAAAAAUGUUUUAAAAGAAAACAUUAAAAGUGAUUUUAAGCAUGAAAUUUGACCAAAACAAUGUAAAAGGAUUUCAUGCAGUUGCCAUUAAAUCAUAAUUAAUAUUUAUAAGGAUUUACUUAGAGUUUUAGCCUUUAAAUGGUUAUAUUAAGAAAUUUACUUCUCUGGGCUUCAGUUUCUUUAUUUAAAAAAGUAAUUGUACAUAGUGAACUUUGUGGUAUUUUCUAGUUCUAAAUCUAUGGUUCUAUGGUUUCCUUAUUUUCCAGAAAAUUAUAAUGUGACUCAUAAGUAGCCAUUUAAAUAUUCAUAAUCAAAAAGAAAAACUUUUUCUUGUAUCAUUGUUCCUCCAAAAUAAACAUAUACAAGAUUUUUUAUGGAAUUAUAACAAAAUUAAAACUUACAAUUUUCUAAUGCUUUCAGCCAUUCAAAGUAAUUUUCUCACAAUAAAAUCUCAAGAAUUGGAAGUAAACAACCUCAGAGGCCAUCCCAUUCAACCCAUAUUGUUGUCCAGUUAUCUCUGACUCUUUGUGACCCUGAAUGGGAUUUUCUUGGCAAAGAUACCGGAGUGUUUUGCCAUUUUCUUGUUCAAUAUCUAACCCACACAUAGACAAAAGUCAAUUAUUAAUUUUUCCAACAUGUAACCAUCCACCUUUUCAUCUAAUGAUGAAGUCAAUACUUCCUAAAAUAGUUCAUUUCACUUUUGAAUGGAAAAAUAGUUAUUAUGUCCCUCUUAAAUCUUCUGUUUUCUAGUCAGCAUCUUCACAUGUUCCUCACAUGAGGUGAAUUACUAAAGAACUUUCACCAUUUGGGUCACCCUCCUGUAGGUACUCUCCAGCUAAUCACUGGAGAAAAAAAAAAAUUGUGUCUGGCUCCUAGAACUGAACAUCUAUAGUCUGACCAAGGUAAAACACAAUAAGAAUGUUGCCUCUCUAGUCCCAAAUGCUCUGCCUUUUUUUAAAUGGAUUCUUAAAAACAUGGAUUUAGGGCUGCUAGGUAGCGCAGUGGAUAGAGCACCAGCCCUGAAGUCAGGAGGACCUGAGUUCAAAUCUGUUCUCAGACACAACACUUCCUAGCUGUGUGACCCUGAAGCAAGAUGCUUAACCCCAAUUGCCUCAGCAAAAUAAAUAAUUAAAUAACAAAAUGACCAAAAAACAUGGAUUUAGAGCUAAAAGGAACCUUAGAAAUCAUAAAGUUGAAAUGAGUUGUCCAAGAUCAUAUAGAAAGCAACUAACAAAUUUCAAAUUCAGGGUCCUCAGAUUUCAAAUCCAGUUUUCUUUCCAUUAUCCUAUAAUGCUCCCUAUUUAGAGCUACUGUAUGAUAUACAUAGUAAAUUUUCAGGAGAGGAACUAAUUUGCCCAUGGUCUCACACCUAGAAAGUAUUGUUGCCAGGCUUUGAGUCCAGGUUUUCUCAUCUAACUUUAGUUUCCUUUCCAUAUACACGUAAGUAACUUAAGUCUCAUAUCAGUUGAGUAACAGUCAUCAAAUUAAGUACUAAAGAACAGUGAAGGAAUUGGGAGAAUUUUCAAGGAGGGCAAAAACAGGAUUCAAAUGGGUUUGGGAAGAUUGAACUGAGGGCACAGAAGUAGGAAAUCUUGUGGAGUUUUAGGUUACAGAAAAAUGGAGACAAUGCAUUGCUGCUUACUUCUGCAUAGUUCUUCUAGACAUCAGCAUAAUAAAUCAAAUGGUACAGUUAUUAACCAUUUAUGCUGUCACAGGAAAAUAUCCAUGCCUUUAAAGAACUGACAUUCUUUUGGGAGAGACAAUAAGAAUACAUAUGGCAACAUGAUAUACUUUUUUUUUUAAAGCAAACAGAAAACAAAGCUUUAAUCUUGAAACCAGUCCCUUCAGUGUUAUUUUAGGGAACUAAUCAAAUCAAGCAUAUAUGAUGAAACAAACUCAUAUUUUAUUUACAAUUCUGCAGAAAGUGAAAGAGUAACACUCAGAAAAACAAUCUUUAUUGUUCACUGAGCUAUGGUAGCUCAAGUUAUAUUGUCUCCCUCCCAUCAAGUCUUUUCUAUUUGUAUCCUUAAGAAGGAUUUGGAAAAUUAGAAAAAAAAAAAAAGGAAUUUGGGAAACUUAAAUGUUCUCUUUAGGAACAAGAAUUAAGCAUAUGCUGUUGUUUAUUUAUCAAUCAUUUAACCAAUCAACAUUUAUUUAUCACAUGCUAUGUAUAGAGAAUGGUGCUAGAUGCUAAGGGAAAAAGAGAGUAUCAUUAAGAAAGGUCCCUUUCUUCCAAGGAGACUAUAGUAUACAAUAUCACAUAAGUGCAUUUAGAGCAAAGCAAAGUAUUGUCCAAGAAGGAAGAUUCCAAUUUCUGGAAAUCAAAGAAGAUCCAUGGAGGACAUGGUAUUUAAGUUGGGUUUUAAAAGAAACAGGAAUUUAACCAGCAAAGAUGGGGAAAGGAAGCCAUUUCAGGCAAAAAAAAAAAUAGUUUAAGAAAGGUCUGGAUGAGAGAAAAUACUGUUCACAGUCAUGGGGCAGGAAGUAGGCGAGUUUGGCUGGAGCACAGAGUGAUUGGAAUGAAUUAAUAUGAAAGAAGUUUAGAAAGAUAGGUUGUGCCAGAUUAUGGAGGAAGUACCUUAAAUGUCAGUCAAGAAAAUUUAAACUUUAUUUGGUAGUCCAUCUGAAGCCUCUAGAGAACUUUAAAGACAAAUUCAUUCUUUACAAUAUAUCUUUUUUGGUGCCAGUUAACACUGGUAAAGACAGGCAAUCCAAGAUAUCACCAUGAAUCAAUAGUGAAACGAACAUGCAAAUUUUUGCAUUUCUCCUCUGGCUGACUUAACUGUUCUAAGUAAUUGGAGCUGUCAUAGAAUCCUAAGCUAGAAAGGAUAUCUUUUGGUUGCAAUAUUUUGGUAUUUUUGCUUUUUCACAAAAGAGGAGACCAGUGUGGAAGGUCUGUGAAAUUAAGAGGUGCUUCUAGUCAUAAUUAUCCCUUUUCCACAAUAUUGUUUGUCCCUCCCCUCCUUCUCUAUGGGAAUAUCUUAGAACACACUGUUCUUUCUAUGCUAUAAGUGGAUGAGAGGUACAUUACAUAUUACCUGCCUACAUUUGCCACUGAAGUACACAAACUACCAUGUGAAGUAAGGUGAAGAUUUCAGUAAGGUGAGGCUUUAUGCUUAUACAGUUUGCAUUUAAAAUAGUAUUACUUCAGGAAACAGAGAAUGGCUCUGCUGAGAAACUUAAUAGACAGUAAUACUCAACUUAUUUUAAAAUGGUAUCAUUUCUUAACUUAAAAAGAAAGCUAUAUUAAGCCAUUUCCUUAUACUGUUGCUUAAUGUUUCAGGGUUUGGGGAGGGGGGAAGUAAGGCAGAAAGACAAAGACAGAAGUACAUAUUAAGAACCUGAUUUCUUAUAACAUCUCAUUGUAGAACCUCCACAAAUUUUUUAAGGAAAUCUGUUUAUUACCCUGAAGAAUCAAGUUUCCUUUAGUAAUUCAUAAGUGCUAGUUGUUAAAAAAAAAAAAAAUCAACCAGAUUUACCAAGAGUUAGAGAGCUAAAGAGUUUGAUAGGUAAAACAGAGUUCAAAUUCAAUGAGUCUUCAACCACAUUUGGCUCACAUCUUUCUGGUUUCUAUUUUGAAUAUACUGGUACUUUGAUGUUUUUUUUAAAAAGGAUAGAAGACUAUGAAUGUACAUGUCCUGUAAACAGUUAAAAGUCAUUGUCUUUGGAGAACUUGAUGCUGUUUUUAAAACAUGUAAUAAUUUGUCUCAUGUUGAUUCUUUAACUUCUAUAGAACGCAAUUUCAACUUUAAGCAAAGUAUUUGAAUUUAUUGUGUCUAAGCAUACUUAAGGAGUUGUUUCUAUAGAAGCCUACAAGAUCUUUAGUUACUUCUUAGUAAAGGAUCUUGAUGAUAAAUCUCUUCUCCCUCUUCCAUGCUGUUUCUUUUACAUAAUUCACAGAUGAGUCACCAAAAAUAUCCUCACUUUCUUGAGCUCAAAACUGAAAUCUUUCUCUAAAAUAUCAGCUUUUGCUCACAUGUGCUAUGUAAAUGAACUAUUUGGAUUAAUCUCAUAUAUGUCCUUGGAACUUAGAAUUUGGACUGACUAGUUUUCUGAGCAGUGUCAUACCAGAUUAUUUAAAGCCAAGGGGGAUCCCCUCUUACGAAUGGCACACCUACCUUGUUAAAGUGAUGUGUCAUUUGUUAGCCAUUUUGUAGUAGUUUAAAAGGUCAAAGACCUUGCUACUACAUCUCACUAUUUUUGCCUUAUUCUAUUUUCAGUAGUUACUGUGUUUUCAUGCCCACUUCUGUUAAUUUGACAAAAUAGAUACUUGCUGACAUCAUCAUGCAAUCCCUUGAUUACAAGUCGAUUCAUUUAGUUGAUAACUUUUUUUUUUUUUAAACACAGAGUACAUAUGCACAGGCACAGUGUAUAUAAAUACAAUUAAGAUGCAUGAAUAAUUACAUUUUCCUCCAGUCUCCCAUAAACAGGGUGUGAUUGAUCCUGUAUACUAUGUACAAUCUGCAGGAAAAAUACAAUGUAAUAUGUGGAAAACUUAGAUCAAUGAAGAAAUCAUCAAACUCCUAUUAUGUGCCAGGCACUGUACUAGGUGCUAGAGUCCUAAAGCAAAAAUGAGGCAGUCUCUUCCUUCAAAAACUUAUAUCCUAUAGAUUAAUUCAGUUUUACUCACUUAGAAUUUGUGAUAAUUCUAGCACAAGGAUAAAGUAUCCAUCAAACUAUACUAUUUACUUUUUUUUAAAUAAACAAGAUUGUAAACUUUUUAAAGCACUUUAGUAAUCCCAGUCCCUUAUAUAAAUUGUUACAUUGUUCUUAUAUAGUUAUUAAUAAAUGAAUUCUUACAGCUCUUUACUGGAAAAACCAACAAGUAAUAAAACUACAUAAUUUCAGAAUUGUAAGGAACUUUAGGGGUCAUCUAGUCCAUACCCUUCAUAAACUAAUCUGUAUUUCAUACUUUUCCCUGACUCAGAAUGUUCUUUACUCUAAUUACUCUGAAUUAUUUAGAUUUGAUUAUAGUUGAUGAGAACAAGGAACAGAUAUAAAAGAUGGAGAAAGAGAGAAUGUCAGAGAUGCAAAUUCUUGUAAUCUGUCAUGUGACUCAAAGGUAAAUAAUUUGUUCUUACUAAAAUCAUUUUAAAAAUUAAAAUAGAUUUUAACCUUCUGUUAUGUUAGAAACUUUGUAUUUUACAUUUUAUAAAUCACCAACCAUUAAGUCUUCAAGUGAUAUCAGAUUAGAAUAUUACCACUUUCCUUCCUCUCCUCCAGAAAAGCCCCAAAUCCUCUCCUCUGAAUUGAUUGGCAUAUCAUAUAUUGUCAUGUUAUUUUUCAUAGGCUUUCUCUUUAUCCUUUGAAAGUUUCACAAAUCAAGAACAUGGAAAUUGCAACUACCAGUGUCUGUUUACAUCUACCUCAUUGUUAUUUGCAAGCUACCCUAUUCUCCUGUGUUUCUUCUAACGUAUCCCAAAUGGCUUCAGUUACAUCUAUUUCCUUAUAGUAGAAAAAGAGAAUCCCCUCUAAUUGGCAGGCCUUAUCAAUUAAGAUCCAUUUAGUAAUGGCUCUAAUAUACUAUGGCUUCAUUAUAAGUAAUAAAUGUGCCAGCUUGCUAGUGGCUUAAAAGAAGGAUAUUGCAUGGGCAUAGAGCAGCUUGCUUAUAGGUCAGGGAUUUUGUUUUGAUGUACAGUAUUUCAUCUUAUUGUAAUAACAGUGCUGUAAAACUAGUCAUCUUUUUGUAUCAUCAGCCCAGGUCUCCAUUCUCUCUUGAAUAAAUUUUGACUAAAACCUAGAGAUUAUUAUUCUGGGGCCUAUGAAAUUUUUAAAAAUAUUUUUAUGUGUAUUUAAACAUAAUUGGUUUUCUUUGUAAUCCUAUGUAUUUUAUUUUAUGCAUUUAAAACAUGAUUCUGGAAAGGGAUCCAUAGCUUUUACCAGUUCACUAAAGGAGUCCACAACACAAAAUAAAAAGUUAAGAAUUUCUGAUCUAAAAAGUAAACAAUAUGCUUCCCCCCCACCCUAUGUUUCUUUCCCCAACUGGGGAAAGAAGAUUAGUCUUUUCUGCCCUUUUAGCAUUAUGCCAAAGACUAAAUUUGUUUUUGCAUUUUAAAUCAAAAACAGAUUGUCUAAAUUAUAGUGUUGCCAUGAUGAUGUCAGUAUAACUUUUACUUACAUCUGUAGUGAUUCUUAACUCAUCUGUACAACCAUAGCCAUUUUUUCACCAGAGUCUUAAGUGUUUUCUUUCCCCUAAAGACUUAAUAUGAGCUCAACAAGGAAACUGAAAAUUUGGUUUUUCCUUCCAUCUCUUCUGUAUCAAUUUCAAAGUCCAUUUGUUCUAAUUUUUAGGAAAAAAUAAACCAUUCUCCCUAGUUGCUCUCUGUGUUGGUCUGUGGACAUUUGAUUUGGUUAUUAUCUAUCUGUUUGUUGUCAAACAGGUCACUAUGAGAUAGCUUGUAAAUGUAUUUUGUGUAUAUUUUGUUCAAAUUGAAAAUUAUGAAAGGAAGCUAUUUUAAAAGAAAUUGUAUUUCUGUUGCUUGUGUUGUAGAAUAAAGAUGCAAAUGUAUUUAAAAAAAAA